CUAGUAUUGAACAAGUUGUAAUUGCUUUAUAAUAGGUGGUUUUACGCGGACGACGCGGACGAGGUUGGUGUGGGAAUGGAAGUCGAGGAUUCUAGUUGCAGGAUGAGGUCUUGUACGGCAAGGCGCUUCUGACGGACCAAGUUGAGUUGCUCGCGAAUAUGCCGCGCUUUGGCGUCGUUGGCGUUGAUCUUGACCUGGAGGUGGGCGAGGAACUUGGGCAGUUGAAUGUCGACCAUGUCCCGAAGGAUUGCCCAGUUCGGAUGAUGGGACGCGACAGGGACUUCGGCGAUGGUGUGGGUGUAUGCGGCGAGUUUCGCACGCAACGAGGCGUACUGGGCUUCGUGGGCCUCCCGCGCUUCUUCGCAUUCGCUCCAUGCGCAUGUACUUUGCGAUUCCAGCCCUAGAAGCGUCUCCAUCUCCUGCAGCAACAUCUCUCGGUCAACGGAGGGUGGUGGGUCGCCUCGCUCCUUAGACGUCGUUUUGCUGAAGCGUGACAACCUCGUCGAGGACAACGAUGAAGUGUUGACCCAUGUCGGGAAGAACGAUGUCGUGGACGAUUUACGAUCAUGUGGACUCAUGUACUCAUACGAUGCAUGGCGGUCGGCCUGACGUCCAGGAGUCUGCAUCCCCAUGAACGCAACGUCCGUGGUCGAUUCGCCAUGAUGCUGGGACAGUGGCAUGGAGGAGACGGCGGGGCCUUCGGGCGAUCGGCGAUGCCUACUGAUAAUGCAACGGUUGGAUCCAC